AUGUCUAACACUAAUUAUAGAGGAACAACUGUUGAAACCGAAAUUAGUUCCGAACUUUCUGAAAAUGAUAUUAGAAAUGAAGAUGAAACAGAGGAGAGACCUGACGCCUCCCCAUUACCCCGGUCCUUUAUAAGUGAUUUUAAUGGAUUGAAUAUCGAAGACGAGCGUAUUAACCGCUAUAGAGAUGAAGUAUCAUCCGAAACCGAAACUGUAACCGGAAGCGAUAGGACAAUUACCAACGCAACUACAACCGCAUCUAGUGAUACUAGCAACACACAUACACUUGCUAACAUUGAGCGUUCAAUGGAGAUUCAUAUUGACCUCUAUUAUCAUCAAACUUAUUUAGGUUCUAUGUCGGGACAUAUCGCAGCGGCCAAGGAUUGUAUUUUGCAAGUAUCAGAAUAUAUUAGAAAUACGAAUCCAAGCAUUAAAAUUAAAGUUGGUUUUUGUGGCUAUCGUGAUCAUUGUGAUGCUUCCUUGCGCCUGCAAAUUUUUGAUUUUACAAAUUCGUAUGAAGAAUUCAAAACAAAUUUAGGUUCAGUACCAGCUACUGGUGGUGGCGAUGGUCCAGAAGAUGUUCUUGGAGGUCUUAACGCAGCUAUAAAUCAAAUGUCUUGGAAUGAUGGUACUAGAAUCCUUUUCCAUAUUGGUGAUUAUCCACCUCAUGGCAGACGUUUUACUACCAUGCAAGAUGAAUAUCCAGAUGGCGAUCCAAAUGGGUUGACAGCAGAGAGUGUAUUACAAAAAAUGCAAUCUGAAAAUAUUUUUUACUUUUUUGGAAAAAUUACAAAUUAUACAGAUACUAUGAUUGAAGUAUUUCGUAGUAUAAUUGGUGAAUUUUUAAUAUUUGAACUUGUAGGAGGAGAUCCAAUUGAAUUAAUUAAUAAAUUUGUCGCAGCUACUACAUCAUCUAUUACUAUGUCUGUUUCAGUAACCAGCACUAUUGGAACUAGAAGGAAUUUAAAUCCAUCACAACGUCCAAUUGAAAUUAACAGAAAUAUUCCUGAUUGGGAUGCUCUUCCAGAUCGAAAAGGUGUAACUUUAUGCUAUUAUAUUCCUCAAGAUGUAGUCGAACUUAAAAAUGAAAGAUUUUAUGACAAAAAGAAUCUCUUCUCUAAAUCUUAUCAUUUCAAGAUCGCGGAACAACCUUUUGCUGCUGGUGUUGAAAAAUAUGCUUAUUAUGCUAUUAACACCAAACGCGAUCCACCCAGACGAAUGGUGAUGAAAGAAUACUUGAGACAUGGAACAGAAAAUCUAUUUGAAAAGUAUCUCGAGUCCGCGGAGAUUUCUGCUUUAACAAGUUACCUUACUAUAAAGUUUAAUAGGAAAGCAAGAGGAAAAGAUAUUCCUUCUGUAAAUUUCCUUAGAGUGAAUCUAGUACGUGCUACCUUUGAUGGUAAGACUCGUUAUUAUGUUACAGAACCGGAACUUCAAGAUGCCGAGUUUCAACGGUUUAAUGUAAAUUCUGGAGUUAUUGUAAAAUAUCGACCUGUUCUUGAAGCGUUUGUACAUUAUACAUAUGUACAUACAGAUGGAUAUUUAGUUGUUUCUGACCUUCAAGGAAUUGAGUCACCUGAUAGGUUCGUACUAACCGAUCCAGCGAUACAUUGUACUAAUCCCUUAAGAUUUGGAAAGACUAAUUUAGGCGGAAAUGGAAUUAAGAGAUGUCUUUUGGACAAUCAUAGAUGUAACGAUGUUUGCAGAAAGUUGAAACUACCUAAUUUUACUUAA